AUGCCAGGCUUCACUCAUGAUGGCCAUAAAACACAGAAGAUACAUCCGGCAGUGAAAAAGAAACUUUCCUUUGCUCCUAAAAGUCGUAGAGGCAUGACAGUUUGCAUCGAUCAUGGGUGGCAGAAAAGGGGGUUUGACAGUCUAACAGGUCAUACAUUUAUGAUGAGCAAGGAAAAUAAAGUUCUGAAGACUGUCAUAAAGCACCGUACUUGUGGAGUAUGUAAAUGGUGGAGAAGAAACAGAACAGGGCUAAAAGUCAGAGAACAUCGCUGUGUGUGGAAUCAUAAAGGGUCUGCGAGGGCUAUGGAAAGUGAGGCAGGCCUGAAAGCCAUCAAAGACAUGAUCCAACAAGGUACGCCUGUUGAAAUUAUAGAGGGUGAUGGCGAUAACACACUUGUUGCACGCUUGCAAAAGAAUAUGGGUGUGACUGUUAAAAAAAAGCUUGACAGAAAUCAUUGUAUUAAAAACAUUGUCAAACUCUUAUAUGACCUACGCAACAGGAAGGAAGUUAGUCUCAGUAAUCAGGUUAUUCAGCAUCUCCAUAAGUGUAUCAAGUACAUAUUUAGCAAAAACAAAGGUGAUGUAGAUGGGAUGCGGGAAAACCUCAAAGCGCUGAUUCCUCACCAGUUUGGAGAACAUAGUAAUUGUCAUGCACGUUUUUGUGGUUACAAGCGCGUAGGAAACUCAGCGAAAUAUAGUCAUCGAAGUUUGCCAUACAAAGCACCACUCAGUGACCCUUUACUGCGUGAGAAAUUAACCUUGCUUUUUGAACCAAUAAUAGCUAAGUCGGCCAUGUAUGUGGACCUGGGUUCAAGCCAGGCAUGUGAGUAUGCCAAUCGUGCAGCAAUGCUCAAAGCCCCUAAGCACUUGCAUUAUGGAGAGAGUGAGAGCCUUGACUUUCGUAUUCAUGCAACAGCUGCAAGCAUAAAUGUUGGAAGGAAAUAUCUCUCAGAGGCUUUUAGUAAAAGUGGUCUGUCUCCGGGUCAUUUCAACAUGAAGUUCUCUAGCAAAGUAGAUGAAGACAGGAAAAAGAAAAGAGAAAAGAUGAGACUACCAGAGACCAAACGUCGUCGUCUUAUCCUAAAACAAGAAAGAGCAACUCAAAAGGAUGCAUUUGAGGCUUCAGAGGGGUCCACUUAUCAAUCAGAGGUUGGUCUUGGUGCAGAAGCUGACAUUGAAAAAGUACCAGAUCCCAUUACCAAGCCAACAUUUAGUGCUGUUCAAAAGCUGAAGAACAUGAAGCCAACAUUCAUUGUUUUUGAUCUGGAAACAACUGGGCUUAUCAGACAAGGAGCCAUGCCUCAUAUUACUCAAAUUGGUGCUGUGGAGAUGGAGUCUGGAGAUUCAUUCUCGACUUAUGUUCUACCAAAAAUACCCAUAGAACCUGGAGCAGAGCAAACGACAGGAAUAGUCUGUGAUGGAACAUCAGUUUACGCUAAUGGAUCCAAAGUUGUUGCAGUUCCCAUUCGUGACGCAGUUUCAAAUUUUCUUACCUGGUUGAGUACAUUUAGGAAUAAUGGAGUCAUCAUCAUAGCUCACAACGGUCGAGUAUUUGAUUUCCGAGUCCUUUCCUAUGCUGUUGAACGGAUUGGUUUACAGAAACAGUUUCUUGAAAAUGUGUCAGGUUUUACUGACUCGUUGUCUUUGAUUCGAUCAAAACAUAAAAAACUAGAAAAGUAUACACAGAUAUAUCUUGCUAAGCACUUUUGUAAAGAGUCAUAUUCUGCACAUGAUGCUGUGGAAGAUGUGAAAAUGCUUUCCAAAAUAUUAUCUAUUGCUGUUUGUAAAUCUGAUCUGUCCAAAUCUGCAUAUGAUGCAGAAACACAUUUCCUUCAAGAAAAGUUUAGUGCGGCAAAAGCCUUGUAUCUGCCAUCUUUGAGUGCUCUUGUUGGCAAUGGUGUUCUAAAAAUGAACAUGGCAGAGAAUGUUGCAGGCUCUGGACUUGGUUUGCAUCAUUUGAAAAUAAUUCAUAAACGUGCAGGCGAAGAUGGUCUGCGUAAUGUUUUUUGUGCAAAAAACUCUCAUGGUAAACCAAGAGUGACCAAUGACUGUAAAGUGUUAGAUACUGUAAUACCCAAGUUGUGUCAUUUUUUCUCACAAUAA